AUGAUGGACAUGGAGAUGAACGCUGGUUUGGACUCCGAUGGUGUGAUAAGAAUAAUGGACGCCGAUAAGUCUAAAAAGAGCAAUGGACCAGAUAACCAAGACGUUGUUAUCAAAACUGAAUUUUCCCAAUCGGUGACUAAUAUCGCGAGGUCAGUGGCGCGGCUAGGUGACGAUGAUGGUGAGAAAAGCCAUGCGGAGGACGUGACGGAUAUCCUGUUAGCGUGUAACGACGCGUUUCAGGAUGAGGGGAGCGAGAGCAGCGAGCCGGCGUCGGAGGGCAGCUCGGCUAGCAGCACGUUUUGCGACCUCGAGAAGAAUUACUCGAAGGUAUUGCAAGAGAUGAAAACCAACGAAGCGCUGGCUCCAUUCAUUAAUGAGUACACGAAACUCUAUGAAUCUCUGUACGAAGCCCACCGAUCGGAGAAAGACUUAAUGGAGAAGUAUAAUGCGUUAAGGGAGAGAGCUUUCCUAAGCGAACAAAAAGUAUUCGAAUUGACGAACAGGAUAUCGUUGAAUUACGAAGAGAUAGAGAAACUGAAACAGGACGUGAUAAACACGAUGAAGCGAGCGGACGCUGCGCACACGCGCGAGCAGAACGCGCAAGACACGAUCGAAAAUUUACGCGUGAAUGUGCAGAAACUGCAUCAGGAAAUCGCGCAGAAAAACAGGCAACUAGCCGCCAGCGAAGACACAAGUUUCGCGAAGCAAAAGGAGAGCCUGAUAGAAGAGAAGGAGAAGUUGAUGGGCGAGGUGGACACGUUGAAGCAACGGUUGAAGAACAUGGCGCUGUACACGGAGGAGCUGGAAAAGAGGAGCAGCGUCGCCGGCAAUCAAAUAGCGGAGAUGCAAGAGAACAUGGACAUGCAGCUGAGCGAGAUCUCGAAGGAACGACGGGCGAGACAGAGGGCAGAGGACGAGGUCCUGCAGCUGCAAGAAGAACUCGCCGUGAAAACCAGCGAUCUUCAGACGGCGAACGAAUCGAUAAAUGCGGCGGCCGCUAACGUAAUAAAGCUGGAAAGUUCGCUGAAGGAGCAGAGAAUAUCCACGGAGAAGAUGCAAAGGGAAAUAAACAAGCUGUCAGUAAAGAAGCUGAACCUCGAGACGGAUCUCGAGAACGCGAAUAAUCAGAUAGACAGUUUGGAGAAGGAAAUGACGGAGAAGGAAAAGUAUAUAAAAGAUAGCAGGGUGACCAUGAACAGAAUGAGGGACGAAAUGUCAAAGUGCAAGACCGAGAGAGAAUUGACGACGAAGCGAUUGCAGAAGCUCGAGCUGGAGAGAUCCAGCCUGGAGCAGCAGCUGAAGGAGAUGUCGACGAAAGCGAGGACCGCGGAGCACGAGGCGGUCGCGUUCCGGAAACAGCUGGCCGACAAGAUGCAGGAGACGGAUAUCAUCAUGCGCGAGAAGACCAUUUUGGCUCGCACGAAGGAGACCCUCGGCGACCAGAUCAAAAGGCUGAAUCAGGAGGUUCUGGUGUGCGAGUUCAGUCGGAGGAAGGUCGAGCACGAGCUCGAUUCAUCGUUGCGGAACAUCAUGGAAAUUGAAACCCAAUUGGCUGUCGUGGAGAAGGAGAGAGACAAGCAUAGCACGACCGCUCAGCAUUUGGCACAACAGAUGGAGGAAUACAUAAGCAAGGUGAAGCUGAAGCAGCUGGAGAUCUCGAGUUACAAGAAACGUCUGGCCGAGACCGAGGCCAAGCACCGCCAGCAACAGAAUCUGUUCGAGCUGCUUCGCGCGGAGAGGAACGCGUGCAGCAAGAGCUUGACAGAGGCGCACGACGAGAUACAAGAGCUGAAGAACAAGCUGAAGGUGCUGAGCAAUCAGAUCGAACAGCUGAAGGAGGACAUCGUUACGAAGGAGGGGCAGCUGGUCAAAGAGCAGUUCAUUCACAAGAAACUGGAGAAGGAACGAGAAGCUUUGAAAGUCGAGUUGCAGUCCAGCCGAAAGGAGGCGUCCGAUUUGAAACGGGAGAUCGAGUCGAUGAGGCAGGAGGAGAAGAGUUUGCGACAGAUGAUCCAGCGGGCGGAAUCGGACAUCGGUCGGCACAGGAAGGACAUCGAGAACGUGAUGAACGAGAGAGACAUGUUGGGCACCCAGCUGGUCCGUAGGAACGACGAGCUGAGCCUUCAGUACAGUCGGAUAAAAGUCCUGCACGGGACGCUUCAACGCGGACAAGUUCAGUACAAUGAAAGGCUGGAUGAUAUUAGACUGUUGAAGCUGGAGGUGAAGAAACUGAGGACGGAGAAAGCUCUGUUGAUAAAGAACAUUCAGAACAUGAGCGACCUGCGCAACGAGGUGUUCCAUUUGAAUCACGAUCUAACGAGAGAGAGGCUGAAGGUGAUGGCGUUGGAAGAGGAAGUGCAAACGCCACUUAACAUUCAUAGAUGGAGGAAGCUCGAGGGUUCCGAUCCAAAUACUUACGAAUUACUGAAGAAAAUUCAAAUCCUUCAAAAACGAAUAAUAAAAAUGGCGGCUGACAUGAUCGAGAAAGAGAAGAAGAUAAAGGACACCGAGAAGCUAUAUAUGAAUCUUCGGGAAAUUCUGUCGAAGCAUCCUGGUCCAGAAGUCGCGAUUUCUCUGAACAAAACUCAGAAAGCAUUGCGCGAGAGGGGACGAAAAGUAAAGUGUUUACUGGCGCAGUUGAGCACGUGCGAGGUCCAAAUGGGUGAGUACAAAAUAGACAUGGACAAGAUGAGCAUCGAGAUGACCGACCUGAAGAAGAAGUACUUCGUACAGAAGAAGAAGCUGCAGAUCUCCAAAGAGACAAAGCCGAAAUCACUGAGCGAGACUGUCUUCCCAAUUGUCGGUCGAGAUCGAAAGAAAUUCCACGGCGGUGGUUUCAACAUGGUAACACCAACGCCCAGAAACUGUUUCGUCGUAGAUUCCACGUGCAGAUGA